AUGCCGAACCAUGCUAGCCACGGACCGAAUGACGGCCCGACUACGACUGCUACUACCACCCCUGACGGCGAUGGCGCUGUGAGAGGCGAUGAUGAGUUUGAUGAUGCGGGAGGCGAUGUCAUAGAGCUUCCUGUCGGUGACGAUCAGUGGAACGACUCCUCUUGGAGUCGCUGGGGAGAUCGUGAGUCUCAGUCGUGGGGAAGCGACCGAGCGCAAUACGGUCAGCGAUGGGACACUGAUGCUAACAUCGGCUGGGGGCGGCGCACUAGCUGGGAUGCGACGACUGCUACGACCGGUGCAGCCGCCGACCGCUGGAGCAACUCCAGCGAGGACCCUUGGUCACACGGUCGUGACCCUUGGACAGGAGCGCGAGACGAUGAUUGGCAAGCACGCGACCACGGAUGGCCGGGAGCUCAAGGAGAUACCUGGGCGGAUGGUCGAGCUGGCCGUUUUCAAGGGAGCGAUUAUGUUGACCGAGGAUCCGGAGCAUGGGGCGAGGGGCGAGUCUUUGAGGAAAAAGGACUCGCUUGGAACGGUUGGUCCCACUACGACAAUGGCGGCUUCCAAGGUCAGCGGGGUGAUCCUGGAGGCUACUCAGGUGGAGGAAGAGCUUCGGAGAAGUUGGCGAUUCCUACCUUUACCGGCGAGGAUACUGAAGAUGUUGGUGGGUCUGCAAGGAGUUAUCUUCGCCAAAUCGAGGCGUGGAGGCGCAUGACACUUCCCCCUGCCUCCCAGCAGGGACUCGUCCUCUACCAGAACCUGGGCGGCAAAGUGUGGAUUGCUGCCGAAGAACUUUCGGUCCCUCGCUUGGGAUCAAGCGAUGGGGUGAGCUACUUCGUCGCGUGGAUCAACGCGAGGUUCCUCGACCUGGAGGUGGCCCGCAUCGGCAAGGCGUUCUCGGACUUCUUUCGGCGCCUAAAGAGAAGAGCGGGGCAAUCUAUCAGGGAGUAUAACACCGAAUAUGACCGCCUACAUGCUAGACUACGAGAGGUUGGCUGCAGCAUCCCCCAAGAAUGUGCAGCUUGGUUGUACAUAGACCGUUUGCAGCUUGAAGAAGCUCAGGAGCUCAACUUGCUGGCGAGCGUCGGGAACGAGUACAACCUACAUCGUCUACAGCAGGCGGCGGUGCUACAUGACCGAGGGCACCGGAAACCCUGGGAGAACGGCAGGGCACGCAAGCCCCAUACCGCCCACUUCACUGCGGGCGGCGAUGGCGAUUCUGGUGAUGAGGACUUCGGCCAGGCCGAGGACAUCGAGCUCGAAGACGGGGUCCCUGAGGACGUUGCGGUGGCCUACGCGACCCACCAGAGCGCCAAGGAGAAGUACAAGGAGCAGACCAAAGCGAGGGGCUACCAAGGCGACCGAGGGCCGCCUGCCGCGAAGGAUGGAAACAACCGCAAGAGCGAGCUCAGUCGCGACGAGAAGGUGAAGUUGAUGAAGGCCAGGUCGUUUUGCGGGAGCUGCGGGAAGAAGGGCCAUUGGCACCGGGAUCCGGUGUGCCCCAACUAUGCUACAUCGGCGCAGGGCGCCGCCAAGACUGCGCCGAAGGAGGUCGAGAUGUGCCACCAUGUUCCCGCCGAGGUUUUCUCUUUGAAGCACGACGGCGCCGCGCUCUUGGGCAUCACUGACACAGCGUGUGCUAAGGCCGUGGCCGGGACCAUGUGGCUCCAGCAGUAUAGCGACGCCUUGAAGCUCAUUGGCCAGAGUCCCGAGUUGAUUCGAGAGUCCGAAGCCUUCAGAUUUGGGACUGGAAAGGUGCACCACUCUUCGUUCCAUGUGCUCAUUCGUUUUCGCCUUGGGAACAGGACCGUUGAGAUGAAGACCUCCAUCAUCAACGGCGACGUUCCUCUUUUGAUGUCGAAGCCAGCCUUAGCACAGUUGGGGAUGGUGUACGAUGUUGCUGAGAACCGGGCCGACUUCACAAAGGUGGGCCUCCGGAACUUUGAUUUGGUGACCACCUCUUCGGGUCACCCUGCUAUCCCGAUUAUCCCGGCGAAGCCGGAGCAUGGAGCCGAGAAGCUCGUUGUCGGAGAGACUUGCACCUCGGGCAGCUCGCAAUACAUGGCUUUUGCAUUGUCGCGGGUAGAUGCUGUCAGGUUCUCCCCGAACGAGUUCACAAUGUCGGAAAGCCGCUUGAGACCGCAGUCGAUCAGUGGAAGUGCAAUCGUGAUGAAAGUUCUUUUCCGCUGCUCUGGGUUGGCAGAACUUCUUUCGCGAAAGUGCGAUCUAGCUCGACGCCCCUUCCCUCGUCGCCUUCGUUCGGAAAUGGCAUGCAGCAAGCCGCCGGCGAUUUCGAAGAUGACCAAAGCCGAGCUUCUCAGCGAGUGCAACCGGGUGGGCUUGGUGGUCCAUCGCAAUUGGACUUGCGAAGAAAUCAAGGCGACGAUCAUGGAGCACCGCAUGAACGACCCGAACCAACAGCAGGCCACGGUGAUGAAGUCGAUCACCAGCCUCACGCUGCCGGAGCUCAAGGAGAAAGCCGACCAACUGGGAGUCUUGUACCCCAGUCAGGUGACGAAAGGCAACCUCAUGCGGCUCAUCAGGGACCACACGAAGACGCCCGGCACGGAGCUCAUGAAGAUCGGCAAGUUCAAGGGCUACGAGUACCAGGAGGUGCCGAGGUCCUACGGCAUGUGGGCAGCGCGCGAGAUCCGAAUGAGUCCGAACCCACAUGUGGAACUUGUUCGCUUCGCCCAGUGGUGGGAGGCAAAGGAGUACGAGACCCACUACGGCGACCGGGGCACGAUCGAGGAGAACGCGACGGACGUGGUGACCGAGGGCCGCCCACAUGUGGAGAACCGCGACCCGACGAUCCCGGCGAGCAGAGAUCUACCAUACGACCCGAGGACCACGAAGCGCGGGAACACCCAUGGCGACUCUCCGGACAUGGAGGCCGAAGCAGACCCCGCGACCCUCGAGGAGAUCCGUGCCCUGGAGACCAGAUUGGCUGUGCUGAAGCAGAAAGCGAAGGCGAGCUCCGCACCGCCCAAGGUCGGCGACAACAGCUACAUGGAGGAGAAUGCCAAGGGCACGACCGACCUGAUCGUCUACUACCUGAUGGGAGAGGGCACGUUUUUCGACCUCGGCGAGAUCGUGACGAUCUUCGUGAAGGUCGACAGGGGCAAUAUGAGCACGGUGGCGACCAUUUUGGCGGAGUUCGAGCGCGGCAUUGUCAAUAACACGGUGAACUUUGCCUGCCAGACCGCAGCCAAGCAGGACCGCGACGAGUUCACGGCGGCCCUCCUCAACAAGGACUUCGACUUCAACACCCUCGGCAAGCUCUUGGACACCCUCGACUACGACCCCGUUAAGGCGACAAGAGACGGCGUCUUUGGUGGAAAGACCGGCGACAAAGUCAACUACUUCACCUACGGGAUGUUCACUCAUGGUGGUGUUGUUGGAACUACGACCAAGACCCGGGAGCACGACAACGUCGCCCGCUACUUGAACGGUUUCGCCCGGCACUACCUCGGUGACAAGGCCACCUGGACUUCAGUGAGUUUGUCGCGUAACACCGGGACCGAGGUGCACCACGACUUCAACAACCUCAAGGGCACGGCGAACUUCACCGAGGAGGUGCCCGGGAGAAUUCACGACACCAAGAACAAGUUUGUUGAGUUUGAUCCCUUCCUCAAGCACGGCACGGAGGCAUGGAAUGGGAACAGAUGGGCCGUCACCUACCACACCACCCGCAACCUCUACAAGGCCGGCGACGAGAUGAAGAAGUUCCUGCGAAGAUGCGGGUUUCCGUUGCCCAAAGGGACCGGCCGUCCUACUGGGGAGGUCAAGCUCGGCAACAAGCCGAAGGCGAGCGUGCGGAGGAGUAUCUUCAACAAUGCUGCCCGGAUCAGCGUGAUGAUGGCGACCCUCAUAUCUGCCGCCGGGAACUACCUUGCUGAGCACGUCCAUCCACAGGUCCAGCGUAACCCGGUCGUACUCUUCGAAAUCGGCGACACGGAGAGUACCCAACAAGCAGCCGAGCUUGGCAAGGACGUUUUUGAGCCGAUGACAUGGGAGCGCUACCGUUCUCCCGAAGGAAAGACCGACGCCUUCCACAUCGUGAACGGCGGCACUCCAAGGGAGCUACGACUUCACCUGGAUGGGAAGUCUUCUGAAUGCGACGAAGCCCUCCUCGAGCUGAUGAAGCAACAGGUGAACGAUGGAGGGACCGUGGUGCUCAGCGGCGGGGCUGGCGACACCCUCUUCGAGCACAUCAACAAAGACCCUAGCUUGCGAGAUUGCAAGCAACAUGGCAACGAGGAUGGGGUCAAGGUCUUCAUGGUCUUCUUUAAGGGCAAGGAGACCACUCAACGUGUCGAAGGUCCCGGGCGAGUUCACGAAGUGAAAGUGGUCUCGUCCGAAGAACCGGGACAAGACAACGAAGCCCUGGCUAUGGGAGCGACGGGAAUAUCCUUUGGCAAAGACACACCGAGACCGGUGGCCACAGCUCUCCGUCGUCUUCACCAGAACCUGGGUCAUCCCCGACAAGAGGAUCUCAUCCGCCACCUACGCCUGGCGGGCUGUGACCAGUCCAUCCUGAAGGCAGCUCGGUCAAUGCGGUGCCAGGUCUGUGAAGCCAACACGGCCCCGAAGAUAGCACGGCCGAGCACCAUACCACCCAUGGCCGACUUCAACGACACGCUGGGCCUCGACCUGUUCUUCUGCCACGACACGGAUGACGUCAAGCACGCGUUCCUCUCCGUGGUCGAUUACGGCACCACCUACCAUACCGUGGUAAAGCUCGACGGCCAGUCCGGCGAGGACAUCGAGGCGAAGUUCAAUGAGAUGUGGCUCGUUCCGUUCGGGCCCCCGAAAGCCGUGGUCAUCGAUCUGGAGGGCGGCCUAGAAUCGGCCCUAGGGCGUGUGUGCGACUGGCACGGAAUCGGAGUUCGGAGCGUAGCGACCCAAAGCCACUGGCAAGCCGGAGUUGUUGAACGGCAACAGGCCUGGUGGAAGCACAUCUGGCAGAAAAUCAGCUACCAGCUUUCCAUCGGCGAAGACGAAGUGAAUGUGGCGGUUGGAAAGGCCCCGAGGGUCCCCGAAGACCUCCAGGACCCUGAUGGUGGUGCACAUGUUAUGUGGGACAUCAGCGAGGAUGCCAAGUACCAGAGGCAGUCGGCCAUGAGAGCAGCCGCCCGCGUUGCUUUCCACGAAAGCCAGACCGACGGCCGAUUGCGCAAGGCACUCCUACAAAGGACCCGUGUCGCGGCCCGUCCUCUUGAUGUCGGUGAGAGCGUGCACUUCUGGCACAAGCCAAAGAACAGGCGGCAGGGAUGCUGGAGUGGCCCUGCAGUCAUCGUCGGCAAGGAAGGUGGCAACUACUGGAUAUCUAAAGGCGGGCGGUGCCGGCUUACAUCAGCGGAACACCUUCGUCCUACUACAGGAGAAGAAGUGGGAGCUUUGCUGGCGAUGAAGGGGACUCAGAAAGAAGCAGAAAUGCUUCUUAACCACGACCCCGACGGCGACGAGGCGUUCGAGGAGGACUUGGAGGAGCUCAUGCGCGACAUCGACGAGGAAAUGAGCUGGGCCGGUGACGAAGUUGAUCAACCUGCUGACGACCUGGAGAUAGAAGAGGACCUGGAGCUGGAACCCCUACGUGAACAAGACGCCACGCCAGCCCCAAAACGAAGGUUGAAGAGGAAAACUACGGCGGCCGAGCUCAACCCGGACCGCCACGAGGCAUUGAUGCUCAAGACCCACUUAACUACUCGUGGCCUCGAGAAGCGCAAGGAGAAGGAGCUCAAGUGGUCGGAGAUUCCGGCCGAGGUCCACGAGAAGUUUCGUGAAGCGGAAGCGACCCAGUGGAAUGAGCAUCUGUCAUUCGACGCUCUACAACCAUUGUCGGUCGCUGAAAGCGACCGAGUCCGGUGGGAAGUCCCAGCCGAGCGAAUACUGAGGAGCAGGUGGGCCUACAAGGACAAAAACUGGGCCCGCAGACGUGAAGGCGAAGAUGUACCCUGGAAGUGUAAAUCCCGGCUUGUGAUUGCCGGGCACACCGACCCAGACCUCACCGACGAGAACCUCAGGCUGAGCACGGACGCCCCUACAUUGUCCAGGAGCGGACUUGCCUGUAUGCUCCAGAGAACUGCAGACGGUCUCCUGGAAGAAGACCCCUGGACAUUGGCUGCAGGCGACAUAAGAUGCGCGUUCCUCACCGGAAGCUAUCUCUCCCGGGAGCUCUACAUGCAUCAGCCGAAGACCGGGUUUCCCGGAUUGCUUCCGGGACAGUUGGUGAGAAUCAAGAAGAAUGUCUUCGGCCUGGCCACCAGUCCCCAUACAUGGUGGCAGGAUCUACAGAGUGGGAUCAACGAGGUCGAGAUUAAGAUUCCCGAGGACACCGACGUCUACCGCUUCGAGCCCUCCGCCAUGGACCCGUGUGUCUUUGCUUUGCGUAAAUGGGACGGAGAAAAGUUCUACGGCACCCCUGUUGCCUACUUGGGAUGUCACGUGGACGACCUGCUGAUCGCCGGGCCAAGGAAGCUCCAGCACAUCAUCCAGCAGGCCCUCGCCGGAAAGUUCGAGAUACAGACCUGGGAGGCCGACGACUUCGAGUUCCUGGGUUCAAGGAUUGUGGUCGCCGUCGACCACAUCAAGAUGUCCCAGGAGAAGUACGCGGAGACCCGCCUCUUUACCAUCGAGGUCCCCGCCGGCAUCGACGACAGCGAGCAGUUGCAGAAGGCCCCCACCUAUGGAGACAUUAAGUUCACCAACGCCAUCGCGACGAAGGCCUACCAGUACCGCGAGCGAGGACUUGAGUUCAAGCCGAUCCCAAAAGGGAACCUGAUGAUCCUCGUCUUCCAUGAUGCGGCUUGGGCGAACGUCCCGGAGGCAGACCCCGAGGAGGACUACUACGUGCUCACUCAGCAGGAGAACAUCGACGGCCUCCAGACCGAGGGGCCGUAUGCGAAUGGCUGCAUAAGGAAGGCCAAGAAAGGCAACUCCAAGGUCGCUUCACAACUCGGGAUCCUGGUGAUGUUUGCCGACAGGGCAGCCCUCGCCGGACAGGCUGGGAACGCCAAUGUGGCGGACUGGAAGUCUCGAGCGGGACAAAGGGUUUGCAGGAGCACUUUCGGCGCAGAGACCCAAGCGUGCGCUGAAGGACUCGAGACGGGCCCAUAUGUGAGGUCUAUGUACGAGACCUUGCUAAAGGGGGUCAUGACGGCCGUGGACGCUGCUGAGCUGCCCAUCCUUUGCCUGAGCGACUGCAGGUCGUUAUACGACCAUUUGAACAAGCAGGGCAUCCCGAGGGUGCCUAGCGAUAAAAGGCUAGCUGUGGACCUAGCCGCUCUGCGACAGGGGCUACGCUCCGAAAAGUGGAACGACAGUUUGCCAAUCGCUUGGAUACCGGGAGCGCUCCAAAAGGGAGACGUCCUCACCAAGCCCCAGAACCCAUCUGAUUGGUGGGACAGCAUUUCAGCAAAGCUUCUUUUGCCUCUCGCCAUAGGGCAAGAGGGGGUUCUGAUCAGCAACAGGACGGUGAGACAGAGAAUUAGUGUGAAACUUGAUGGUACCGUUAUGCUUGAUGGCAUCUUUCCUCAUGAAUACUUUAUCGUAUGA